AUGGCUCGUCUUAUUUUUCAAUUGUUGGCUAUACAAUUAAUUUUAGUUGCAACAUCGUUUGGUCUUUUUCAAACAGGAUCAAAAAUUAAAGAAGGCACUAAAUAUCAACUUCAACAAAAAGUUUUAACACUUGGUACAUCGUAUACAAUCAAAGAUAAUCGUGAUCAACCAGUUUAUAAGGUGGGAUUCAAACAACUCGGUGUAGGAAAACAUCUUCAACUUACUGAUCCUAGUGGUCAAAAUGAAUUUUAUUCUAUCAAACAUAUUAUCAAUCCAUUUGGCUUAGCAAAAUAUGAAAUUCGUCAAAAUAAUCAAGUAAUUGCUGAGGUUAAUCGCAAAUUUAAUUUUCUUGGUGGUAAAAAAUUUUCAGUUAAUUCCAAACAUGGUACAUAUAGAAUUGAAGGCAAUUUUCGUUCACGUGAAUUUAAAAUUAAAAAAGAUCAUGCUGUUGUUGCCACUAUUUCAAAGAAAUUCUUUGCAAUUGGUGAUAAAUAUGGUGUUAAAGUUGAAAAAGGUCAAGAUGUACCAUUUAUUUUAUGCUUAGCUAUUGUUGUUGAUGAAGUAGCUCAUGAUUAA